CACUUUCAAAAAAAUUGCGAUUAUUUAUUUUGCCUUAAAGCAUCUAAACAAAUAAAUAAUUAAAAUUCAUUUUCACAUCAAAUAAAGAGUUGCUAGUCAAAAUAUUCCAAUAAUAUUAAAAAAAUUUAAUAAAUGAAUAUGCAAUCUACAUAAUAAAAAACAAGGCCAAACAAAGUUAUGACAAGUCUCCACCCUGCUCAGAAUAUUUUAAGUACUUAAAAUCCUAUAUAUCUACCAGAAAAUAAAAUAGAAUUUAAAUCUAGAUAUUCUCUUCCGCAUCUUCAUCACCAUAAUAUCAACUAAAGAAAUUAAUUAAACCAAAACUUUCAUUCAUUAGAAGUAACAGCAAACGAGAGACCUUUUUCUUUUUACAAUUACUUAAACACCCCUGAUGGACUACCUACAACACAAAACUAUUACUUACAUGUUAAUUGUAAUGAAAAAGAUCCUUAAUUUUAAUAUAUAAAUAAUGUUUUAUAAAUCAAUAACGAUCAAUCUUCUUCAAUAAUAAUCGCUGAUAAACAACAUUAUCAACUGAUAAAUCCAUCUUAAUUAUUUCCCAAUUAACAUAUGAUUCAUAUAAAUCCUUUACAAAAAUCUUUAUAUCCCAAUUACUCGCACAUGGUUUAGCCUUAAUAGUCAACUUACUACUAAGGCUUUCCUGGAUAAGUUCCAAUUAAUACUUAUGAAUAUUGCUAUUCAAACAGUAUUUCAUAAAAUAACAGUUAACAACCUGAUUAAAUCAUUCCUAAAAAAUAGGUACAUAAUAUUGCUUUAGAUGAGGAACCUAGUAAUCUAGUGAUUAAUAAUCAAAUUCAAGAAACUAAAGACAAUUAGAAAGUGAGCUUUUAUAAUUCUAAGCGAAAAACUUUAGAAGUAUAUAAAAAUAAACAAAAUGACUGUUAAGAUUCCUCAAGCUCCAAAGAUACUUUAGGAUAACAAAAUGGGGUUAGAUAAGAAAACAGUUUGCAAAAGCAGAAUGACAAAAACGAGAAUAAUAAUUGGGUACAUAUUUUAAAUACUAUUAUUAAAAAUGAAUAUGAUUCAGAAAAAAAAGCUAAAAAAAUAAAUAUAAACUAUGAACAAAAUUAAAAAAACGAAGAAUUAAAAGUGCACACUUAGCUUAAAUAGUAGCAAAUUUAGCUUUUUAACUAGCUCGAUAAUUAAUGCUAAUAAAAUGAUAAUAGCAAUAAUUAAUAGUCAGAAUAAAAAGUACUAAAAUAGUAACAAUAAAACUCAAACAACCCAACUAUAUAAGAAGAUUAGGGAGAAUUUAAAAAUCAAUCUAAGCUUUAUUCAUUAUAAUACUUUAAAAAAUAGACUUGUGGUUUUAGAAAAAAAUCUAAAAAUGAUACUGAAAUUGAAGUAGAAUCAACAAUUAACUAGUUUAUUCAAUUUAAAGAUAAUUAUUUAAAAAUUGAAAAUAAUUUCUAAAAAGAUCAUGAUUGCGAUGAGUAGAAAAUGUAAAGUUCUUAAUAAACUCUUCAAAAUCAAACACUCUUUAAAUUAGAUAAAGGCUUGCUUAAAAAGAGAAAAUUAUAUUAAAAGUCUGAUGAAGAUUUAAUUAAUAAAUUAAGUUAUACAGUAAAGGUAGAGAGUAAUCAUGAGUCACUCCUAAGUUAGAAUUCUAACUUGAAAAAAAAGCAUACAAUAAAAAUUUAAUAAGAAUUAAAAUAAAACCUGAAUUCACCUAAAACAUCAGUAAUUAAAUAGUAACAAAAAUUGCAAGAAAAUGUAUAAGUAGACUGCAACUAAGAUAAUCAAAAUGAAUCAAUUACCAAUGAGCAUAGCUAGAUUGCUUCUACUUUUAGUGAUGAAUUCCUUAUAGAUUUGAAAAAAUAACAAUUAUUGAAUUUUCGUAGCUAAAAGGCUUCAUUAAAGAAUAAAAAGGGGGAAAAGUCUGACUAAAAAUAAAAAAAUAGAUGUGAUAUUUUAAAAUAAAUAGAAAAUGAGGAUAAAUUUUUUGAUGAAUACGAAAAUUAGGAAGAAUGGGAGGAUUCUUUCUUCCAUCAAAUGAAAUAAAAUUCAAGGAGUGGUGGAAAAUCGUUUUUCUUAGUUUCUAACUAUAAGAAAAGGCUCUUUAAAUAACUAGAAGAAAAUGAUCAAUCUGUGAUACUAUCAAUGAAAAAGUCUAAGAAAUUCAACUUCUCUAAAAAUGUUAUCAAACAGUUUUUAAAAGUGAUGAAUUCUUAAAUUAAUUAUAUUUAUAUUCUUGAUGAAAAUUCAAAUAAUAAAAGUGAUUAAUAAACAUAAAUUGCUCAUAAUGAAAAAUUUUGUCAUAAAAUAUAAUAUAAUGCAGAAAAUGUUUAGAAAUUGACUCAAGAAAAUGAGUCUCAUAAUUUUGAUCAAGAAAUUUAAUUUAAACAAUCUAAUUUAAACAACAAUAAAAAGUAAAAAAACAAUCAAUUUGAUUAACAAAGUGCAAAAAAAGAAGAUAAUUUUGAUAGGUCUAAGUACAUUUAAAUUUAAAAUCCUUCCCAAUCCUUAUUAAAUGAACUCCGUCAAAAACUAAAAAAAUUUUUAAUAUCCACUUCCUAUACUCAUUUUUCUUUGAAAAAAAUUAUUUCUCAUAAAUACUACUCUUUGUAUUUUUAAGACUUUCUUCAAAAUUAUAGCGAUGAGUGGAUUUAAUCUGGAAAAACUAAAUAUAAAAACGAACAAAAAAUUAUGAUACAUUUUUUAAAACUUUGUUUUUGUAACAGGAAGUUACUUAUAUUUUUGAGUUAGCACGACCCACUAAAAAACAAAGACAGUAAUGAAAAUGAAGAAUGA